AUGAUUGCAAAUACUAUUCGGCGUGUUCAACUAGAAUGGCACAGUGUAUCGCGAAUACUUUCACGAUAUAUCAGUGGGUCAAAUGUCACGCAGAAACAAUACGAAAGCGAGCAAAAACGGCAACUAAAAGCGCAGCAGAAGCUAAAGGAAAAAGCAGAGAAAGAGCUACAACGAGCUGCUGCUGCUGCUACGGCAAUGGAAAAAAGCAAGCAAGAUAGCAAGAUGGUCGAUCCAUCGGAUCCACAGGAAUAUUUCAAAUUGCGAGCAUCAUUGAUUGACGAACGUCGCAGCAAAGGCAUUAAUCCGUUUCCUCAUAAAUUUCACGUUUCAAUAUCUUUGACUGAUUUUAUUGCCAAAUAUAACAACUUGGAAAAAGAUGUCAUAUUGAAUGACACUGUCCAAAGUGUGGCAGGGCGAAUAUUUUCAAAACGUGAAUCAGGAGGAAAAUUAAUUUUUUACGAUCUUCAUGGAGAAGGAACACGUCUACAAGUGCUCGCAAAUGCUAGAUUUCACAGUGGUAAUGAGGCAUUUGACAGUGUUCACGAUCGAAUCAAGCGAGGGGAUAUUAUCGGUGUGAACGGUUAUCCAGCAAGGUCGAAAUCUGGUGAACUUAGUAUUAUACCAUAUGAGAUUGUUCAACUGACACCGUGUUUGCAUAUGUUACCACACACCCACUUUGGUUUGAAAAAUCAAGAAACGAGAUAUCGGAUGCGUUAUCUUGAUUUGAUUAUGAAUCCUGAUGUCAAGAAUAGAUUCAUAAUCCGAUCAAGGAUAAUCAGUUUUUUGAGACGUUAUCUUGAUAAUCUAGGUUUCUUAGAGGUUGAAACACCCAUGAUGAACCUUAUUGCUGGUGGCGCUACAGCUAAACCGUUCAUCACACAUCAUAAUGAACUCGAUAUGGAUCUUUACCUGCGUGUUGCUCCUGAAUUAUAUUUAAAGAUGUUAGUGGUUGGUGGCAUUGACCGUGUUUAUGAAUUGGGACGGGUGUUCCGUAAUGAAGGAAUUGACCAGACUCAUAAUCCAGAAUUUACAUCAUGCGAAUUUUACAUGGCUUAUGCAGACUAUGAAGACCUAAUGAAGAUUACAGAGGAUAUGCUUUCCAAAUUGGUUCAUUUUUUACACGGAACUUACAAAAUUCAGUACCAUCCAAAUGGUGUAGGCGAGGAUCCCGUGUAUGAAAUUGAUUUCACACCACCUUUUCGAAGAGUAAAUAUCUAUGAUGGAUUACAAGAAAAACUUGGUGUUCAAUUCCCUUCAGCGGACGCUCUCAACACUGAUGAAGCCAAUAAUUUUUUUGAUAAAUUGGCUGUUGAAAAUAAUGUCGAAUGUCCAGCACCGCGAACAACAGCACGACUGCUUGAUAAGUUAAUUGGUGAAUUUUUGGAGCCAACAUUUAUAUCGCCAACUUUCCUCACUGGACAUCCACAACUAAUGUCACCAUUAGCGAAAUGGCACCGUUCGAUACCUGGCCUAACGGAAAGAUUCGAAUUGUUCGUAGUCACAAAAGAAAUUGUUAAUGCUUAUACGGAAUUAAAUGAUCCAUUGACACAACGACUUCGUUUCGAAGAGCAAGCAAAGCAAAAGCAAGCGGGUGAUGACGAAGCACAAAUUAUUGAUGAGAAUUUCUGUACCGCAUUGGAGUAUGGUUUACCACCAACUGCUGGAUGGGGUAUUGGUAUUGAUCGUUUGACGAUGAUUCUAACUGAUAGUAACAAUAUCAAAGAAGUGCUUUUCUUCCCAGCGAUGCGACCUGAUGAAAAAGUGACAAAUCUUUUGGAUAAAGGAGACAAUGCAUAA